GUUGUGGUGUUUAAUCUGUAUAUACAGUAUAUACAGUAUAUACAGUAUAUAUGUUUAAUAUAAAUACAUUAUAUUAAUAAUAAUAAUAAUAACAACACUACACACACACACACACACACACAAUGUUAUAUACUAUAUGUAAAUGUGUGGCCAUUUAGUAUGGAUUAAUUGGUUGGUCCCCAAAAUAAUACUAACUAUUUAAUCGGCUAUUAAUUUAGUUAUAUAUUUAUAUAUGAUAUAUACAGUGUGUAUAAACAAUACAAAUUUUGUGUGUGUGUUUUUUUUAACAAAUUAAAUACAUAUUAUAGCUAACUGUGCCAUACUAUACCCAUACCAUACCAUACCAUACCGAUGCAAUUUAUUACUACAUAUAUUAUUAUUAUUAAUAAGUGAUUAUUAUUAUUGUUGAAAAAAAUUUUUUGUGAAAUUUUAUUUAUUGUGCAAAUAAUUUCAAUACAUUAAUAAUAUAAAUAUAAUAAAACAACAAUAAACUAUCCGGCCGACACCGACACCACACUACCCGUCCAGACAAUCAAUCAUUUUGUUGUUGAUUAAGAUAUAGUGUGUGUAAUACAGUGUGAUUAUUGCACCCCCACACCCCCACCCCAUCACACCAAGUGUUCACAACAAACUAUCGCCCCGAUAGUGAGUGGCCGACAAACUAUUGCAAGAGUUACCGAUAGACAGACAGACAGCUAGACUGAACAAUCAGACAGACAGUUGCUGUCAUCGCCAGUAAAGUUACUGUCAGUGAAGUCCGUGGGAUAAGUAUUAUGCUGUCGACGACCGGCUGUUUGGAUGGCGAGUCAUCACAAGUUAAGACAACAAGACAAGAUAUCAGUGCUCUGACUAAUACAACUACUACUGAACGUACGGCAAACAACGUCAACGACUCGGAGGACGACCACCACCAACACCACCACAACAACCACCAGAACAAUAUUAAUAGCAACAGUAAUAGUACUAAUACUACUACUACUGGUGCUGAAGACGCUGCUGAACUGUUAGACAGCAGUAGCACCACUGCAACAGACUAUAGAGAUAACGACGACGACGACGACAACAACAGCGAAGAUCGCAAAAAGACCGACAACUUGGACGGCAUUACCACAACCAACAACAACAACACCAUUGCCGUCGCCUCAGAUACCGAUAAGACGGCCAAAGAUAGCCAUCAUAGCAGCCAAAUGGGACCGUCGGAUAGGAGAGGAGAUGCCGGCGGCAACAAAAGCGGCGGCGGAGGAGGCUACCAAUCUGGUGGCCGCAAUCAUCACCGUAACUCAUCUUAUCGUUCAUCAAAUAUCUCAGGAACUGGCGGUAGUAUGUCAUCCGGCCAGCGGCCGCCCGACUUUCCGCUCAGAAUACUGGUGCUGAGCGAUAUGGUUGGUGCCAUAAUUGGCCGAUCGGGUGGCACUAUACGACAGAUUACCCAACAAACCCACGCCCGAGUAGAUGUUCAUCGCAAAGAAAAUGCCGGUGCACUGGAAAAGGUGAUCACCAUCUAUGGUAAUCCGGAUAACUGUUCGGAGGCCUGCCAUAAGAUACUGGAGGUAAUGCAAACCGAAGCUAACAAUACCAAUAGGGGAGAAAUACCGUUGAAAAUACUGGCCCAUAACAACCUGAUUGGCCGUAUUAUCGGCAAAAGUGGUGCAACAAUCAAGAGGAUUAUGGAACAGUCGGAUACCAAGAUAACUGUGUCGAGUAGUAUACACGAUGUUAACAGUCUAAACUUGGAGCGCAUAAUCGCCAUCAAAGGUUCCCUGGAAAACAUGUGCAAAGCCGAGACACUGAUCAGCCAAAGAUUGCGCCAGAGCUACGAAUCGGACAUCAAAGCCCUGGAACCAACACAGGCGCUGAUGUUUCCUGGUUUGCAUCCCAUGUCACUGAUGUCGACAUUGGGCGGCGGCGGUGGUGGUGCCCAAAACUAUCCACUAGCCGGUCCUCCCGGCGGCGCCAGUGGCGGACGUGAUGGUGGUCAUCGUGGAGGCGGUGGUCACGGCGGCGGCGGUCCGGGUGCCUCACCGUCCGGCGCCAGUGGAGGAGCGCAUCCAUAUUUUCUCUACAAUCCGCCUCAAGCAUACAGUGUGCCUCAACUAAUGUCCAGUGCCGGCGGCGGUAUCGGCCAUCCGGCCGGUCCAGGCGGCCAUCUGCAGCCAUCGGCUUCACUCACUGCCGGUUUUCCCGGUUUGACGUUUGCCGGCGCCGGCAUCGACCAGACCAAGGAAACAGUCUUUCUAUACAUACCUAACAGUUCCGUCGGUGCCAUCAUUGGUACUGGCGGUGCAUCUAUUAAGGAGAUGAUCAGCAAUUCUGGUGCCAGCAUUAAAGUGGCUCAGUCUACCAGAGAUGAGUCGUCGUCGUCAGCGGCGUCCACACAACAACAACCACAGGACAGCCGACACCAACAACAACAACAAGACGAACGAAAGGUUACAAUAGUUGGCUCACCGGAGUCCCAAUAUGUGGCACAGUUUCUCAUCUAUCGUAAGGUGUUUGUCGAAAGUUUUCAUCCGUCGGCGUCUACUGGAUCCCAGUCCACACAAGAUCCCCGACUUAAAGUGGAAAUAAUGAUUCCUUCCACACAAGUCGGCCGUAUCAUUGGCAAAGGCGGUUCGGUGGUCAAAGAGAUGCAACGAAAUACGCGAACCAUUAUCAAACUGCCAGAAGAUACGUCAUCGUCAGCGGCUUCAUCGGCAGCUUCUGGCGACGGCGGGCCAGUUACGCCCGACGAGACGCCCGUUCAUAUAUUUGGCGACUUUUAUAGUACGCAAGCGGCUCAGCGACAGAUCCGGUCAUUGGUUAGCCGCGGUUCAGCUGUAGUGCCUUCAAUGCUAUCAUCGGGAACAGUAGUUGGAAAACAGUCUACAUAUAAUAAAUCUUCUACUAAAGAUAGAUCAGCCAAUCAUAAUCAACAGCAAUCACAGUCACCUCAAACAACAACAACAACAGUGACGACAACGUCGGCGACAACAACACCGACAACAACAGGCGAACAACAAUCAGAAACGCCUCCUCAACAACAACAACAGCCACCACCACCAGAGCCUGAGUCUCAAUCAAAACAAUAAAACAAACAAAAAAAAUAUUGACACACGCGGUGUGUGUGUGUGUGUUUGUGGGGGAAAAAAGGGAUGGCCAAUAUCUAUAUCAUUUAGCAGGGGGGGGGUGACUACUCUCUCUCUCUCUUUCUCAAGUAGGGAGGGGUCAACUGAUCCAUACACUUAACAAAAAAAACACUACUUUUUUUAAAAAAUAACAAAACAAAUGAGCAAAUUCUUGGGGGAGUUGGUAGUCAGCUCUCAAUUUUAAACAACUGUUUAAAAAAAAUAACUAAAUAAUAGAUAAUUUUUUUUGAGAAUUUUUUUAUUUAAAAAAGUAUAAUCAAAUAAAUUAGAGCAAAAAAACAUAAUGUUUUAAAGUGUUUUAAUAAUAAUAAAUUUUUUUGUUGUUGUCGUCAAAUUGUGAUUUAAUUCAAAUUAAACAAACAAAAAAAACCAAACGUAUAUAUAUUAUUAUUAUGAUUAUUAUUUAGCGCAUUUCUAUACAAGCAAUUUGUAUGCCAUUUACUAAUACAACUACUACUACUACUACUACCACUACUACUACUACUAACUAACUAAUUAACCUAUAGUUUGGGAUAAUUUUUCUUUUAAAAAACAUUUAAAUAAUUAAAAAAAAAUAUUUGAUGAAUAAUUACCGCAAGAUUUUUGGAUUUUUUUUUUGUUUCAAUAAUUAUUGAUCAGUAUAUAUAUA